GCGUGGGCCCCACAGGGACACGGUCGGGCGCUGCAUCCGGAGGAUCAGAACACUGUUCCCCCGGGGGAACGUCAGCGUUUUCCCGCAACAAAACCCUUGCUGACCUUCCGACGCCCCUCCUCCUCCGGAAAAUUACGGCGUGCUGCUUCCACCAUGGCGCUGCCCUCUCCCUCCAGCACUCGUCGGCAGGACGUCAGCCCCCGUGAUUCGCCGACGGCGGAGCAGAGUGGAUCCGGCAAUAGAGCUAGAGUUGAUGUUGCUAGGAAGACUAAGGAGGCCGAACAUAUGCUGGCAAAUUUAGAAGAAGAGGGAGUGGAGAUAGAUGGAAAGAUGGCUAGUAUUAUUGAUGAUGAGAUUGCUAGAAUUAAAGCUGAAGCUGACAGGGAGAACAUCAUCAAUGGGCUGGUAAGGAACGGGAAGAUGCUACUGGUCACUAUGUCAUCUGUUGCUUUGGGUUUCUCGCUUGGAGUGGAAUUAUGUGAAUGGUCCCUCUAUGCCUACGCGUUCAAGAAAAUCUUUUAUGGUAAAUAAUAGCCUAGGUCGCCCUAGCUGUUCUAAGUUGCAUGGACCAGGUGCUCUGUUAAGUGUUAAUUAGUGUUUGGUAACUGAGUCUGGUGUGCGCGGUGAUUUGUAUGAUACUUAAUUGAAUGGUGAUGUAUUAUUUGUGGCUUGACUCGCAAAACCUGCUUGCUGAAAUCA